CGAAGUCGUUUAGUGCACCCGAUACUCCCAAAUAGUUGGAAACAAAGUUGAUAGUAAAAUUAUGUCAGUUUCAGCAACAUCAUCACUUGUUGCUCCUCCAGCCACUAAUAAUAUCUCUAGACGUUCGGCAAAUUAUCAUCCAGACAUAUGGGGGAAUCAUUUUAUUCAAUAUCUUUUGGAACCUAUGGAAAUGGAUGAAAUAAUGAAGCAGAUUACAAUGCUAAAAGAAAAUGUGAAGCAAAUGCUAGUCCCUACAAACCCCUUGAGGGAUGCUAAUUUGAUCGAUUCCAUCCAACGUUUGGGGUUAUACCAUCAUUUUGAGCAUGAGAUUGGAGAAUUAUUGCAACAUAUUCAUAAUAAUAAUGUUCAAAAUGGAACAAUAACUCUUAAUCGUAACGAAGAUCUUCAUUCUAUUGCACUUGUCUUCAGGUUAUUAAGGCAACAUGGAUAUAACAUUUUGUCCAAUGUUUUUGAGAAGUUUAAGAAUGAGCAAGGAAAUUUCAGUGAAACACUUAUUGAUGAUGUUGACGGAAUGUUAAGUUUGUAUGAAGCCACGCAUUUGAGGAUUCAUGGAGAGGAUAUAUUAGAUGAAGCACUUUCUUUCACUUCCAAACAUCUUGAAACGAUGACCACUCAAUUGAGUCCUUUUCUUGCUACAAAAAUUAAUCAUAGCUUAAAGAGGCCACUCUUCAAAAACUUGCCUAGACUAAUGGCUUGGAAUUAUAUUUCAACUUAUGAAGAAGACCCCUCACAUGAUGCAACUUUGCUAUUACUUGCUAAAUUAGAUUUUAAUUUGCUUCAAAAACAGCAUCAGAAAGAACUUGGUGAUAUUUCAACGUGGUGGAAAGAUUUGGAUUUUACAACAAAACUGCCAUUUGCACGCAAUAGAAUAGUUGAAGCAUACUUUUGGACAUUGGGAGUAUAUUUUGAGUCACAAUACUCUGUCGGUAGAAGGAUAAUGACCAAAGUGUUUUCAUUGACGUCACUAAUUGAUGAUAUAUAUGAUGUUUAUGGUACAAUAGAAGAACUACAACUUUUCACUCAUGCAAUUCAAAGAUGGGAUAUGAGUUGCAUGGAUUUCUUACCAGAAUACAUGAAAUUUUGCUAUAAAGCUCUUUUGGAUGUUUACGAAGAAAUGGAGCAAGAGAUGGUCAAAGAAGGAAGAGCUUUUUGUGUCAAUUAUAUCAAAAAUGAAAUGAAAAAAUUGGUCCAGACCUAUUUCACUGAGUUAAAAUGGUUCAGUCGUAACUUUAUACCAACAAUGGAAGAGUACAUGGCACUAGGAAUAGUACAUUCUGGUUACUAUCUACUCACAGCAACAUCCUUCAUUGCAAUGGGAUGCAUUGCUACAGAAGAGGCUUUCCAAUGGUUAACCAAUUAUCCCAAAAUUGUUAAUGCUUCAUCAAUAAUUGCCAGACUCAUGAAUGAUAUUGCUUCCAAUGAGUUUGAGCAGAAGAGAGGGCAUGGAGCCUCUUCUAUUGAGUGCUACAUGAAUCAACAUGGUGUAACUAGAGAAGAUGCAAUUGAUGAACUUUCAAGACAAGUUACAAAUGCUUGGAAGGAUAUCAAUGAGGAACUUCUUGAUUCAACGGAUGUGCCAGAGCCUCUCCUUAUGCGAGUUCUCAAUUUGUCACGUGUUAUUCAUGUGUUUUACAAAGAUGAAGAUUGCUACACUAACUCUCAAGGAUCAAUGAAGAAUGACAUAAUUAAUAUCUUGUUGAAUCCAUGUCCAAUAUGAGAAAAAGGACUUUGCUUCUUCACUUUUUCAUAUGAUAAUGGCAAAUCUUAUCACUUUUAAUAAAUAAAUUUGAUAUUUAAUCUAAGACUCAAAUUAGAACUUUUGAGGUUCUUGGUUGUAUUUGUCAAAAAGUAUAUAUGUGUGAUACUCAUAUAUAUAAAUAAGUAGGAGUGGUAAGAGGCUUUAAGGAAUACGGUGGUUUGAGACUAGUUCACGGCGGAUAGAAUCUUGUUGGAGGUGAUUGCAGUAAAGAGAUAGGAAGCUCACUUGAGAUGAGAAGCUCUGUUUUUUUUUUAUGUGUUUUGUUUGUAUAUCAGAGUUGUCUAUUUGAUACACUUAUUAAGGUAUUUAAAGAGGCAUAUGGGUCGAGAUUAUAGGUUUUCUUGGGAAUUGCAACUUUCCACCUAGUGUUGGUAGUGGACCAUUGAAUCUUUAUUUCUUAGGGUAUGUUUGGAUUGAUGGAAUGUAAUGGAAUGGAGUUGUAUUUAAUCAGAU